ACCGGAUGUAUAUAUUUUAAUUUCCGGAAGCGUCAUGACAGCACCGCCUGGUUUUUCGUCUGCUUUUUUACCCCACAUUAAUUUUAGGUGAAAAGAACACACACAGUAUAUAUAUACAAUCAUCACAGAAAUAAUAGAGAGCCUGAGCAAAUGAAGAUAAGAAGAAAUUAAAAUAUGGCAGAUCUUCCCCAAGCAAUUAGAGAAUGGCUUACAGAAUACAAGACACUGUCCCCAGAAGAAGUAAACACAUACAGUAGUACAGUUAGACAGAAUGAUGAACUGGUUUCCUGUUUAUAUCAUCUUUUUAAAUCAGAAACAGAUUCACAGGUUCUAGAUCCGAUCUGUCAUCAGUUGUUUGAGUUUUACAGAUCUAAUCAACCAGGACUCAGAUUGUUUGCACUGGAGUUUAUACCAACAUUACAAUGGGUGUACCUGUCUUCUCUCAGUGUUAAUGGUAAAAAGAGUUGUGGAGGUGUUGAAGCUCUGCUGUUAGCUGCAUAUAACUUGGAUAUUGUUAGUAGUGAUGGGAAACCGAAGAUAAAAACAUUCCGUAUUCCUUCCUUUGGUCAGCCAUCUGUUUAUCAUGAGCCUUCAGCUCUCAGCAGUUUAUCCCUGUCAGAAAGUGCUUUAUCAAGAUAUGACCACACAGAACCAGAGAUUUGGAGAAGUGGACCUUAUCCUCAGUAUGAAGCUAUCAAUGGUCAAAAUAGACAAUCUAUCCUGUCCUAUCUGUUACAAUGCUAUAAUUCCUGUAUCAGUGACCUGUCAGAACUCUCUCAUCAGAUGUAUUGUAAAGCUUGCUCCAGACUAGCUACAACAGGCUUUGAUGAUUUAUCAGACAUAUCAUGUUCAGUUAAACCAUCAGCCAGCUUCCAUCUCCAAGACUCACCUCCGCCACAAAGUAAACGGAAAAGUCAUGUGGGAGAAUUGUUACCUAGGAUAGCCAUCUCCCCGACACUUAUGACGGAGAUGGUCUCAGGGCUUUAUUAUAUUAUGUUUAACAGUGAUAAAUACUUAGCAACACGAGCCAUUUUAGACAUCCACAACAGGGCAAGUUAUGAACUCUUCCCUGAUGUACUUUUGGUAACGACUGCCAUAAAGAAUUCACUUCCUGCUGGUCACGAAGAAGAUGGUCCAAUGGGACUUAUGACUGUCACUCCCUCUAGCUCAGGUCACACCAUCGCCAAAUCUGCUAUUACUAAUGCAUCAUUUAGAACCAAGAAACUGCCUGAUGACAUUGAUAUCAUAGAGGGAGAUGAAAACUUAUCAAAACUAGAAACAAUUGAUGAAGAUAGUGAUACGCCGACAAAAUCACUCGGCAAAUUACCGAAACUCGCUGAUAAAUUUAAAAUGGGCAUUAAAAAAAUGGACAAAUCUAAAGUGAAAGAGCACAAACGAGAUAGUGAUGUGUCACGGACGUUAUCUAACGGUGACACCAUAGAUUCUGUACAGGUUAAUGUAAUAAAGAAUAAUUCCAGGUCAAGUGUAGAUAACGUAGAGAUGACAAGUCUAACGAACAAAAAGAAUUCUAUUCUGGAGGAAAUAAAUGAAGAGAAAGUCGGGUCGUCACCUCUGGGAAAUCUACGACAAAAACAUUCUAGUAGCUCACUUAAAGAAAUGAAAAAUAAACCAGGACACACUCGCCAUUCUUCAGGGUCCUCUGUUAAUACAGAAAACUGUAGUACGGAUCUCUGA